CACUGGCUCCAACCCAGCCAGUCAGAGGCUGGCAGACGUUUUCCAUCAAGGGCCAGACAGGGAGUGUUUUCAGCUUUGCAGGCCAGACCAUCUAUGUCACAGCUGUCCCUUCUGCCACUGGAGCAGGAAAGCGGCCACAGACUGCACGUAAACCAGUGAACGCGGCUGUGAGCCAGCCAGCGCCUUAUAGAAGCGCCGCAGGCUGGGUUUGGCCCGCGGGCCGUUGUUCGCAGACCCCUCCCCUCCACCAGUGGGGCUGCCGGUCACGUCCAGCCCUGUUCUCGGUGCAGACUCUGCAGCUGCAGUGACCCGGGGGGACGCCUGCUUCCACCAGCUGUGCCUGGGAGGGAGAGGCUGGCAGCGCUUGGCGCCCCGCCCUUCCCCGCGCGCGUCGUGCCGUUGCUCGUUUCUGUCUGGCUCGUGAGCUGGGAACAGUUUUCAACGAUUCUAAAUGUUUAAUGAGGCGAUUGUUGCACAUUUCUGUAUCCGCACCUGAGUGUCCAUGUGUCCUCUGGCUGCUUCGCCCCAGGAAGGCAGAGCAGAGUGGUUGCUAUGGAGACCCCGUGGCCUGCACAGUUGAAAUGGGCACCAGCUGGCCCUUUGCAGAAGACCUUUGCGACCACGUUGUGGUGGGGGUGGUUUGGGUUCGUCCUCAUUGCUCCCCUCCUGGAGCCCUUCCCUCAUUUUCCCCCCGGUGUCCCAUCUCUCCCGUCCCCGGAGACGCUGCUCCCCACAUCUGGAACCUUGCUGGGGGUGAGCCCGUCUCUGUGCACCUGUCUCCAGAAUGACGGCUUAUCUGACGCCUUUCCAUCUCUCUUCUCGGUGGUUCCUACAAGCCAGCGGCAUCCUGAAGGGGUUCGACCCACUGCUCAAUCUCGUGCUUGACGGCACCGUGGAGUACAUGAGAGACCCCGACGACCAGUACAAGCUCACAGAGGACACCCGCCAGCUGGGCCUGGUGGUGUGCCGGGGCACCUCCGUGGUGCUCAUCUGCCCGCAGGACGGCAUGGAGGCCAUCCCCAACCCCUUCAUCCAGCAGCAGGAUGCCUAGCGGCCGCGGAGACCCCACUCAGCUGCCUCGGGACUCGGAGCUGCCCUCCCCCGCAUCACGUGCCACCGCAGGAACGGAACUCUCCUUUUUGUAUAGGUUAUGUUUUGUUUUCUUAAUAAAACUGCAAACCUCAAAUGUC